AGAUUGCAUUAAGGAAUACGGCUUUUUCUGGGGGACAUAAUCUAUACAAACCAGCACACCAAAGAGAACGCAACCAAGAGGCCCUUCCUGGAAGAAAUGCACUCUUUUCUUUAGAAAGCACUUUUUUCUUCAUAAAGUUUACUUUUUAAAAAUACAUGCACAUUAUAAAACCUCUGGAAAAUUUACAAAAAUAUAAAGAAGGGAAAAAAAUCAACUCCACAUUCAGCCCCGAGAGGGGUCUCACUAGACACCUGGGGACCCACCUGUUUUUUCAGACAAAGUGGGGAGUAUAAACAUUAGUUUUUAAUCCAUAAUUCUACACCCAAGGUUAACAUUUAUCAUUGUAAACAUUUUCCGUUGUGUUUUUCUAAGGUCUUUGAAAACAGCACUUUAAGAUUCCUCAUUAAGCCGUAUUUCAAUCUGUCAUGAUUUGCUAAGGAUUUGUCUGUGUUUGGUUGUUUCCGGUUCUUACCAUUAAGAGAACAAACCCCAGGGUGGUCUCUGUGAGGCUGACCUCUGCCCUGCCUCUCACAGGCUCUGGGGUCUCCCGCCCCAGCCGCUGCCCCUGGCCCCUCCAUCAGCCUCCACCCUCUGUGCUCUGUCACACCCUUUGCAGCCGCGGUUGUCCCCUGCCCCCAGGACAGCGGGACCCACUGCAGCGCAGCGUGUCGGGCUGGAUGUCAGGUUGUCACUGAUUACGCCGCCCAGACCCCAGGCCCGUGUCUGUUCUGCCAUCCUGGGGUGGGGGUCGCCCCUCCACUGCCUCCUGGGAGUGCCCGUGGGCUUCGCUUUAUAUAUUUUGAUAUCAUCAUUCUUCUGUGAUGUGCACCCGUAAGGGUCAUACAGUUGCCUUCUUUGUCCUGUUUAAGGCUUUUUACCCAGAAUUCAACUUUGUCCAAAAUGCAGAUCAAGGCCUUUCCCUCAGGGAAAGCCAAGGGCUCCGGCUCUUCCCCAGCCGGGAGCACCUCAGGGCAGCCACCGCCGCCGGGUCCUCUCCCCUUGCCCAGCUGCUUCGGACGCGGCUGCCCCGGCCGGCCUCCCUCCUCCACCCGGGCCCACUUUGGGGGCAGUGGUGACGAUGCACAGGAUCACCAUCCACUGGGGAAGACUGGAACCCAUUCAGAUGACCAAUUGGAAGAGGCUCAGGAAACAGCAGCACAUCCGGAAGACGGAAACCCCUGCCGUUCUGAAAGAAUGACGAGGCUGGACGCCGCCGUGGCGUGGGGGGCACGAAGGGACCCUCGGCCGCCGGUCUGUGCGCUGCCCGCCAGGGAGUGCAGGAGUUUAUGCUUUGAGAUGGUUGAAAGGAAGUCAGGAGAAGACAUUUCCUGACACACGAUGUGUCCAUAGAUGAAGUGUGGCCUGCACACAGCCCCGGCCGUCAGUGGCCGUGUCGUCCGUGGCCGUGUCCACCACCCAGCGGUCGAGCUCCUCAGGCCGGCAGCCUCGUUCCCGGCGCCCAGGCUUCCGCCGGCCACAGCGCGCUUCCUGCUCCUGACCCAGGCCACUGGAUUAGCGGUGCUUUCAUUUUUUUUUUUUUUUAACUUUUCUCUAUUUCCAUUUUGUCCCUGUAGGGAGCAUGUAAUGUUUUCACAUGAAUAAAAAUAUUUAAAAAAAAAAGUAGAAGGUUUCAGUUAACAUAUUCACAAAAGCUCCCCCUGCUCUCUGGCACCCCAAGCUGCUGUGCCUCCGAGGGGCUGAGGGGCCGCCUCCCCAGCCCCCCCAGACAGAUCAGGAGACGGGCUCCCGCCACCCGGGGACAGCAGGUCCAGGCUGAGGGUGAAGUGGAUGAGGCGGGUGCAGAGGGCUCCUGCAUUCACUGAUCCUGCAGUGGACGCUGGGCAGGGCUGGGCCAGGGACGCUGGGCCUCUGCCGUCCCGUGGGGUCCUUCCUUGUGUGUCAUGUCGCCCCCACAUACACGGGCAGGACCAGGGAGGGCAUCUGCAGCUGGGCCCUGGGCACCUCGAGAGCAGGGCAGCCCCAGCCCCGGGACUUGGGGGGCAGCGUGCAGAGCCUGGGCCGCCGGAUGGGAAGCCCCGGAGAGCUCCAUGGAGGGCGGAGGGGGUCCUAGCCCGCGGGGCCACCUUCCCACACCCCCGAGGUGCCCCUGGAGGCCACCUGAAAAGCAGGGUUCAGCUCAGUUACCUCGGCCCUGGGACCUUGGCUGCCCCUCGCCCCUGGAGGGGCUUGCCGAGGUCUCAGUGCCUCCUCCAUGUCCCCUCAGGUGUCUUCCUGUCCCCACCCCCAGCAGCAGGAAAUGAGAUGCGCCUGGAAGAAGUGGGCUCGGUGUCCCUGGUGCCCCUGGCUGACAUGCUAGGCAGCCCGCAGCCCGGCACCACAGCGGGCCCCCUCGUGAGCCCCCUGACGGGCCCCCUCAACACGCUGCUGUCCUGCCAGGGGGCCAUGUCGCAGAACAGGCCACUCACCAGCCUCCUGACCAGCCCUGUGGCAAUGGCCCCGGCAGGCACGCUGACCAGCUCCCUGGGCCUGCCAUCGACCAGCGGCGCCCUGACCGGCCACCUGUCCAGCCCCGUGGCGAUGGCCCCGGCAGGCACGUUGACCAGCUCCCUGGGCCUGCCAUUGACCGGCCCCCUGACCGGCCACCUGUCCAGCCCCCUGUCUCAGAGCAGCCCCCUGCUGGCCCCAAUAACUGGCCCCAUGACUGUCCCUCUGAGCAGCCCCCUGCUCGCCCCACCGGCUGCCCCUCUAGCUGUCCCUCAGAACCUUCUGGCCAACCCCGUGGGCAACCUGGCAAUGUCGGAGAGCACAAAGGUGAGGCUGGCUGAGCCCCUCCACGGAUACCCCUCUGCACCCCCACCCUUGGCAGGCACAGGGCCCACAGCUGACUCCAAAGCACCACUGUCCACUGAGCAGCCCAGGCCCACCCAGGACCCGGACACCCUGGGCGUGAUGUUUGUGGGUGUGCCCCUGCAGACCUCCACCCCCAUCAGCACCGUCGGCGCGCCCAGCCCCACCGUGGCCUUCUCCUUCGGCUCCGCCGACCCUGGGGUGCAGCCCAGCAUCCAGGGCCCGGCUGUCCCCGCCCCUGUCCCCAUCUCCAUGAACACCCCAUCUGCGACCACAGUCCCCUCUGCCGCCUCCGCUUCUGCCCCUCAAGCUGCUGCCACCAACUACACUCCCCCGAGCACAGGGGUCGUCCAGCAGACGGACAGCGCCCCCACCCAGCCCUCGCUGCCGCCCCACGCCUCAUCCGCCCCGACCUCGGUCACUGAUGCCCGGGGCCCACGCGCGAUGGAGCCGACUCGGAAAAAUGUCCUGGAGCUGGAGCGGAAGCUGGCCCACCGGAAGACCAGCAAGUUCCCCGACGCCCCCCGAGAGCCGAAGCAGCUGGCCUGGGAGAGGCUGGUGGGGGAAAUCGCCUUCCAGCUCGACCGCAGGAUCCUCUCCAGCAUCUUCCCCGAGCGUGCGCGCCUCUACGGCUUCACCGUCUCCAACAUCCCUGAGAAGAUCAUCCAGGCCUCCCUGAACCCCAGCGACCACAAGCUGGACGAGGAGCUGUGCCAGACGCUGACGCAGCGCUACGUGAGCAUCAUGAACCGGCUGCAGAGCCUGGGCUAUAACGGGCGCGUGCACCCGGCACUGACCGAACAGCUAGUGAAUGCCUACGGCAUCCUGCGCGAGCGGCCCGAGCUGGCGGCCUCCGAGGGCGGUUCCUACACCGUGGACUUCCUGCAGCGCGUGCUAGUGGAGACCGUGCACCCCAGCAUGCUCACCGACGCACUGCUGCUGCUCUCCUGCCUCAGCCAGCUGGCGCACGACGACGGCAAGCCCAUGUUCAUCUGGUGACGCCCCAUGCCCAUUAAAGCUUCACACAGAUGCCAGCUGCUGCACCCGCGCCCCUUCGGUCCUGCCCGUCCUUGGGCUCUGGCCCACACCAGGGUUGAGGGGGCAGUCUGAGGGCGGAGGCCCCCCUCCCAGGGCCCUGAGACCAGGAGCUGGAAGGAAUCGACCUGGCGGGGAGGGGGGCUGGGGGCCACCAGGGUGACUGGGAGGUGCCCGGAUCUGAAGAGUUG